UCCAAUGUUUUACGUAUUUUGCCCAAAUUGUUUCUAAAUUAUUGUGUUUUAAAGUGUACCCUGUUUGUGCUAGUUGUGCCCAGCAAUGUUGAGCAACUGGAGAAACUGGUGCCGCUUGUGUGCGAACGAGUGUGCAGUUUUCAAGCUGGAAUCGCUCGACGAGCUCAACGAAAUCACUUUGAGGCAUUUCAAAUUUUCGUUGCAUGAACUCAGCGAUGUGUGCAUUUGUAUCUGCGAAGAGUGCUACAUCUUCGUGAACAAGUUGGAGCGUUUCAAGGAACGGUGCCUCCAGACGAGCAAGAUGCUGGUGGAGCUUUGCGCAAUCAGUACCGAGGACGAUGAACUCCUAGAAAGUGAUGUCCAGGAUUUGCGAUUUCGAUUCAUGAGUGAUUCCAUUUUAACGGCUGUCGACGAGGCUCCAGAAGAGAAGUCGCUGGUUUCCGGGUUGGUUCCGACCGCUGCACCGGAUGUAUGUGUAGGGGCGACUACAUUCGACCAGGGAGUGCAUACUAGUGACCUGGUGGAACCUGAGCUGGUUGAGCUGAAGAUUGAGAAAAUUCCCACUGGUAAACGAAAAAAGCAAGCGUCGAAAGAAGAUGUAAGGAUAUCCAAUAAGGAUUUUGAGUGUGCAAAGGAUGAUAUGAUGGUAAACAUCGUUGAAGAUGAUCGACUUCUCACAUCUUUGUCAAUGGAGGGUUUCACCGAACUAGACAGUAAUGUACCAUUAAUGCAUGAAGAUUCCGAUGAUGAACAUGAUGAUCACUACGACGAAGAUUACAAUGUCAAAGAAGAGCUAGGAUCCGAAAGCGAAACGGAUGCAAUGGAGGAAAUGCACCAAACCAAAAAGGUUGCCAAGCGGAAAAUGCAUCCAAAAUCAAGCUCUAAAUCUCCGAACAAUAGAGGCAAACUUAGUCAGAAAACAAGAUGUGAUACCUGUGAUACAUCGUUCCGUACUCGGUCGCUUUACGUGCUGCAUUUGCAGAACAAGCAUCCGGACUCCAAAGAGCUGUCCUUUGCUUGUUCGGCUUGUCCGAAGCGGUUUCCAUCGGAACGUAAAGCAAAAUUGCACGAAUCGGUACAUCUACCAAGCGAUCAAAAGUUGGUUCAUGCUUGCAAAUAUUGUGAUAAAAAAUUCAGCAAAUUAGUCAACGUACAGGCUCACAUAAAAGCUGUUCAUAUAGGGGAGCGACCGUACAUUUGCGAAGAAUGCGGAAAGGCAUUUGGAACCAAGGGUGCUUUGAAGGAGCAUCAAAUUACCCACAGUGAUGAUAAACCAUACCAGUGUGCCCAUUGCCCCAAAAAGUUUAAAAAUCUCCCUCGUUUAAAAACUCACGAGGACAUCCAUAAUGACACUCUGUACGUGUGUCCCCACUGUGGUCUUCAGCUGAACACAAAACGAACGUUGAAGAUGCACAUGGUUGUGCAUUCGGACCAGAAGAGAUUCAAGUGUCAGUACUGUGGGAACGAAUACAAACGAUCAAAAGCGUUGAAGAAUCAUCUGAUCCUGCACACCGGACUACGACCGUAUCAGUGUCCGUUUUGUGAGAAAACCUUCGCUAAUGGGUCCAACUGUCGGAGUCACAAGAAGAAGGCACAUCCGAUGGAGCUGGCCGCGCUGGAAGCCUCGGGGAAACAGACGCAUGCCACCAACAUUCCCAAGCUGGAGCAACUGCAGCCGAAACCACAUCAAAUAACAUCGCUUCCGGGUGCACCAACAUCCACUCCCACCACAGCAGCGGCACUGAACCAGCAACCACCAACCGAUGCUAUCGCCAUAUCGCCGUCGUCCUCUACCGCAAGUCAACAACAGCAACAUCAGGCGACGAUAAUUGCAACCUCUCCGACCCCGUCCAGCUUGGUCGAUGCACCGAGCACCGACGAGAUGAUGCUGCACCGGGGCGUUCGGCUGGUUACUGCCUACUUUCACUCGCAAAGCGAACCACCCCCGCUGAAUAUCCUAUCGACGUCAUGCAUCAAACACGAAGCCCCCGGCGGCGCCUGUAUUGCUGCAAAUGGUGAACAGCCCGAUCAUGGUCGCGGUUUCCAGUCAAUUGUGGUGCAACAGGAGCCGGGUGCGGUGGCACCGAUACCACCACCACCCACGGAACAACUCCAGUUAACCGUAUCCGAUAUGGUUAGUCUUCCGCCCUUGCAGCUCAUUGCGACCAGCAACCUGUGAGAGCGGUAAGUUUGAGUUAUAAUGUUGGAUAUUCUUUCCUCUGUCGAUUCAGUCAUUUAUUUCAGUUGUUUCGAUUUUCCGAAACGGAUUUUAUGUUUGUUUUUGCU